GGAUUAUAAUUAGUGGGGAAGAGCGGAUCUACAUGGGAAAAACUGGUUGGGGGGGGAUGAAGAGCGGGAUCGGGAAUAGCAAGGCAAUGGUGGGCGGGUGGGCAUGUGGGAAUUCGAUCGAGUAGCGGAACGGGGGCAGCAAGGGAAGCGAGCGAUCGGAGGGGAGGGGAGGGGAGGGGAGAUGGGAAAUCUGGCAGCGGAAACAGGAACGGGGAAUUUGGUGGGAAGCGGGAGUGCAGAGGAAGACGAGGAGGAGGAGGAGGAGGAAGAAGAGGUGGAAGAAGAGGAAGAAGAGGAGGAUGUUGACAAGGAGGGUGUCGUGGCGAUGGACAAGGAGGAGGAGGAGGAGAAGGACGACGGAGACGAUGAGGAGGACAAUGAGAUAGAAGAAGAGGAGGAGGUGAAGGACGAUGAUGCGGAAGAGGAGGAGGAGGAGGAGGAGGAGGAGGAGGAAGACAAGGAGGAAGACGAGGAGGAAGACCAGGAGGAAGACCAGGACGAUAAGGAUGACGAGGAAGAAGAGGAGGACGAGGAGGAGGAGGAUGGGGAAGAGAAAGAAGAAGAGGAGAAGGAGGAGGAGGAGGAGAAGGAGGAGGAGGACGACGACAAGGACAAGGACGAGGAGGUCGACGAGGACUAGGAGGACAUCGAGGUAGAAGAAGAAGGGGGGGGGGGAGGAGGAGGAGGAGGUGGAGCACGAAGGGAAGCAAACUCACCUAGCGCGGGCGGGCGAUGUCGCGUGGGUUGCGGCUGUUGGGGCUUGGAGUUCCGCAAUUGCAACGC